AUGGAGUUCCCUCACAUUGGAAAGAAUUGUUCAUACAAAUCAUGCAAUAAACUAGACUUCCUGCCCUAUAAAUGUGGAGGUUGUAAAGAAAUGUUCUGUUCUGACCACUUUGCGUACACAAAGCAUGAAUGCCCAGCACCGGAUAGACAGAACGUCCAGGUUCCAGAGUGCCCUUUAUGCGGUAAACCUGUGCCAGGAAAAAGAGGAGAGCCACCAGAUGUUGCUGUUGGAACUCAUAUUGAUAACCAGUGCACUUCAGACCCAGCUGUGGAGAGGCGGAGAAAAGUCUUCACAAACCGGUGCACAUUCAAAGGAUGCAAGAACAAAGAAAUGGUGCCGCUUGUUUGCAGUGAGUGCUCACUUAACUUCUGCCUUCGACAUCGACACGGCAGCGACCACGCCUGCGAAGGCAAGCUGGCUGCCAAGAGAAGACAGGCAGCUGAAGCAGCUAUGGCUAGGAUGAAAGCGGCCGAAAAUAAAAUGACACACGCCCCAGUUGCGGCAAAAGUUACAGCCUUCUCCGAAGUGCAAGGAAACAUGACUGAAGAUGAGGCGUUGGCGCGCGCUUUAGCAAUGUCUAUGCAAGAAGAGAACACUAGUUUACAAGCGCGAGACACGGCCUUUGCGCGUGCACUCGCUCGACAAAGGGUUGGGGGUGAGCAGAGCUCCAGGUGCACGGUCUCGUAG